AUGAUGAAUUUAUUAUCAGGGAAAUUUGUCGCCUUGUGGGGCACCUUACCGGUGAUCAAUGCGGUCGGGAAAAUUGUGCAGGGAUUCGUGGCAAGAGCCACGCGCAGCUUACUCAUCGGAGGAAAAAAGGUCACCACGCGUGCACCUACGAGGGAGGAAAGCCAAGAAGAUGAAGAAAAAAGUGAAGAUGAAAAUUAUAAUAGUAAUGGUAAUAGUAACCGAAACAGCAAUCGCAACCGCGACAGCAGCCGCGGCAGUAGCACUAGUAGUAAUAUUAGAACGGCGGAGUGGCUCUUCUGCCCGCACAGGGCCAAGGAAGGGACCCCUUUAACGACAUUCGGUGAGAAAAAAAGGGAAAUACUACCAGGGGAAUCACUCAUGAGCAGGCCAUUCACAAUUUCGCGAAGAGAAUCAUAUGUGAAGUCCGAGUCGGAGUCCACUUCAAAAAAACAAACACGGCGGUGUCUCGCAGAGUUUAUCAACUUAGACACAAGUCCAAAAGGCGACAAAAAGGCAGAUGCCGUAAGGGGGAAAUACCAAGAAGGGACACCAAAUGAUUACCUAGUGGAUAAGGAGAACCAGGAGGAGGCUACUACGAGAAAUAUAUACAGGCAAGACCCCAGUGAAGGGUCCGGCUACGAUGUGGAAUCUGGGCCAAGUAAAGACAUAACCACAUCGUUAAAGGCGCUCUUUUUAAACAAAAAAAAAAAUAAAGGAGAGAAAAAUAAAAGAAACAACCUUUCGAAGAAUAUUGAGCACACGGCAGAAUUUAUUGAAGAAAACAUUCCUACGGAUAAGCCAUCCAUUCCCCAUAUUCUGGCUGACCAAAUGUUUAUAAUAACGAAAAACCAUAACACAUCGAUCGAAAUUAAAGGGAAUGGACUAGACAAAUUUAAGUACAUAACUAUUUUGAUAUAUGAUACCUUUGAAAAUUGUAAAGGAAAUGUUGUUCAGAAGGUCUCUGUAGAAGAAUUAUCUCCAUUUCACAUAUUAACAAAAAAUUUUGUGAUGAACAAAUUGGGAAUGUUUUCCAUCUGCAUAGAAACGGAAUACCCAAAAUAUGUCGCAUUGUUAAAAGUUCAAAACAACUUAAUUAAGCAGAUCACACCAUCAAGUGAAGUAAGCACAAUACCUGCAUUUAACUGCGCCAUGGGGGAAUCAUCCAUAUUCAUGCCUGAAGAGAGCAAUGUGGGAGUUGUAGAAAAAAUUGGAGAAAUUUUGUCACAAAAAAAAUAUUCUUAUCAUAAAUUGGGUGAUGUUUUAUCUAAAGAAAUAAAAAUAUUGGCUUGCUCUUCCAUGGGAAAUUAUCUUGUCUUAUUGGAAAUGAAUUAUAUAAUCGUUGUCAAUUCAUACCAUAAGUAUGUACAGGAAAUUAUUACUCAUUUUUUGACCAAACCGGUUGCAAUAUUUCUAGACAACUACACUAUCUAUGUCACAGACGCGGACAGAAAGAAUGUUUUUAGAUAUAUGUCGGAGUAUAUACUUAAUGAAACCGCCGCUAAGUUGCUCUUUCUGGACGGGAGUGGGCAAGUGGAGCAAGCGAAAGGGGAAAAAGGGGUGAGAGCACCAUCAUCUGCGUAUCACACUCCAGGAAAAACAAACGGUCGGCACACAUAUGCAACAGGAAAAAAAAGGGACUACCUCUCCCCCCUGGGGGGGAUCUUCCUUCAAGAGAAAGAAAAUGAACAAAUAGACUAUUUAAUGAAUGGGGAAAGAUACCUAAUAACCCAUCGGCGAGAUUAUGACAAAAUACAGCAAUCCAAAGGAAACCAGGCAAAACUGAAAGGGCUGUUGUCUAAGAGUGUGACACUGGUUUACCCAGCAGGAAUUGUUGUGGAUCAGGAGAAGGUAUACUUCGUAGACACGGCAUUACAUAUGCUAUUCUGCUUUUCCUUGAAGGAAAACAAAAUUGUCGAAACGUUUGGUUAUCUAAACUCUCCAGUCAUGAGCGAUAAGGGAUUGAACAAACCUUUUUCCUUGUCCCUAUUUCAUGUGACUAAACAGAAAAAAAGCCUCCUCUUUUUGAGUGAACUGUCGAGUUCUAGAAUCCUAAUAUUUGAAAUAAAAAAAUAUAUCAAACUUUACCUAACGUAUGGUAAUCUCCCCCUUGACAUCGCCAGCUCCAUUGUCGUGACGCCACAAUUUUUAAUCGUUUGUGGGAUAAAACGGAGUAAAGAAAAUUAUGUGAACUAUGUCACAUACAUAAAGAUCGAAGAAUUGUCCGAAUUCGAAAUUGAGUACAACGAAUUCUCAUACACCAUGCAUUAUGGACAAAUGGUGAAUAUGACUCCUCUUAAAAGAAGCAGAAACAUAAAAAAGUUUACCCUUAGACAGUACGAUAAUAAAACCAAUGAAGAUAUCGACACCGGAUUGAAUAUAGACAAACACAGCGGAAUGAUAAGUGGGAAGGUAAAGAUCUCCGCAUGGUUCCACAUGGAAAUAGUGGUUUACGAUUACUUCAAGAAAAUGACCUUAAGUUUUCAAAACUUUAUCGCUUCAUGUCCCCAAGGAUUCUUUUUUCAGUCCAAAAAUUGUGUCCCUUGUCCCAUAGGGCACUACACUUCAAAAGCGAAUAGACUCAACUGCAUCAGCUGUGAGAGCUACAAAAAAAAUUCAACCACCUCAUACACUGGAUCCAUUUCCAGAAACGAGUGUUUAUGUAAAGCUGGGUACUACUUGAAGGAGAAAAUAAAAUCGUGCGUAAAAUGCCCAGCAGGAUACUAUAAAGGUCAAAUUGGAGAUUUCAAAUGUCAGUCGACAUGUGAAAAUAUGAAAAGAAGUAUUGUCGAAGGAGCAGCAAGCUAUGAAGAAUUAAACUGUGCAUGCAAAGAUGGGUACUAUACAGAUGAUCAAUCCAAAUGUGUUCCAUGCCACUUAAACUCUUAUUGCAUUUAUAACCCAAACGUUCCUAUUCACAAAGCGGAUGUUAUCCCUUGUAAAGAAUAUAUGGUAACUUUAAAAAGGGGAUCUACUUCCCCUAAAGAUUGUAUCUGCUCCGUUGGAUAUUACUACGAGAAAGAAACAGACACAUGCAAGCCAUGUUCUUAUGACGCGUAUAAACCAAACCAAGGCAAUGAAUCGUGCAUACCCUUUGCAAGCAAUCCAGGAUCCACACAAGAAUUUCUGCCCAAUGAAAAUUACUUUGAACAUUCGAAUGUGUUUUUAAAAAAAACAUCAAACGUUAUUAUGUCCCCCAGGAAAGGGAACUCCUCUUUCCAUAGUGCCAAGUUGUGCGAAACUGGAUACUUCUACAGCAAAAAUAAGUCCAUUUGUUCCAUUUGCAGAUACAACGGGUACUGCAAAGGUCUGAACAAUGCAGUUAUUGCGUGUCCAAAAAAUUCAGUCACUGUCAAGUUAAAGAGUGUUACGUCUCUAGACUGUUUAUGCGAAAGGGGAUAUGGGCGAAUAACCAUUCACAAGCACAAGUCAUUCAGCGUAUUAUGUGUCCCUUGUCCGUACAACACUUUCCAGCCUCACCACUCUUCUGGUGAAUGCAUUCCUUGCCCUGCUUACACGUUUACCAUUUCUGCAAAGUCCACUUCCAUCACGGACUGCUUGCCUCAAAAUGGCUACUACAACAUUUACUUUCAGUACAUAUACCAGCAUUCGAAGGAGCGGCUCGUGCAAAAUGUCCCUCAUUUUUUGCAGCAGUACCAUCGUUACCUGAGCGGUCAGUACAGGAAGGGCAGAGAGGCGUAUGUCCCCAAAAGGCAGCCAAGAGGGGAUUGCCAUAGGGAUCAUAUUUGUGGAAUAGAUCACCAGGACAGUCCUCUAUCACUACACCAUCUUACUCCAAACCUGAUGGAGGGGAAAAAAAGAACCCAUAGGCAUCACGAGGAAAAGCAACACAACGCCCAAUGCAAGUGGCGCGACAAACUAGAAGUCACAAGUGGUUACGAAACAGACCUCACUAAAGCUAGAAUGCCCCAAAUAAGGAACAACAUACGCAACUUGAAAGGAUCAUACAGCAACGCGUUUUACACGAAUUACCUGAAAAAUGUGAUUCUCAUGGAUAGUUCAAAAGUGGCCCGUUUUAUUCAGCAGGAGGGCUCCAUAUUCUCGCUAGAUAACUCACCAGUAGGGGAAAACAAUCAUGGGGCAAUUCCUAAGGAUCAACGUGAGCCAUCUCAGGGGGGGUUUCUCCUCCCUCGUCAGGAAGACACCAAAGAGGCACCUUCAGAACGAGAAAGUAUACUAAUGAAAGAUGGAAAAGAGCAUACACCUGGAGUACUCAGCACAGAAAAAGCGGCGCCAAGAACACCCAGCGAUAGCAAUUUAAAUUUACAGGGAACAACUCUACUAUCAGAAGAGAUGAAAGCGGUUGUAGGCAAAUUCAACUUCAUAGCACAGAAAAAAAAGGACCUACUGAUCGUGAUAAAGUCCAGGGAACAAACCUACAUCGAGAAUAAGCGAAAGGACAUAUCGUACGAGUGCUACGAAAUGGACAGAGCAAUAAUUAUAGAAAAAAAUGUGUACGUAACUACCAUCCCCGAAAUUGAUCUCAUAAGUUGUCUUAACACAUGUAUCUCGAACGUAUACUGCACAGGGAUAGAAAUGGAUAGAACAAUUCAGCACGGAAAGACGGACUUAUUUUUCUUCCUAAACAGAAGUCAUGGGACGAAAAUGAUCCAUUUUUUCAAAUGCUAUUUAUAUUUUUACGAGGAAAUUGCAUCGUAUUAUAAAAAGGAAAGUUUGAAAAAAAUCGAAGAUAUACAGCAUUAUGAUGAUGCGGAUAGGAUAACCGGCUGCGUGGUUCAAAAGAACGAAAUGCUAAAAUUGUGGAAGGUGUAUAAUUUUGAUAUAUGUCCAAAUAACUACUAUUGUCCUGUAAAAUCAUUUAAAAAGAAAAAGUGCCCCUUAAAUUCAGUUAAAAAAAACUUCCAAGGAACUAUCGAAAAUUGCCUAUGUUCCCCGGGGUACUCUUUGCAGAACAAUUUAAACCUCUGUGUACCAUGUGAGAAGGGAACAUACAAAGAUUCUACAUCGAAUGGUAAGUGCACCAAGUGUCCUCACAGCUUAACCACAUCUUCCGAAGCUUCUAGUUCCAAGUACGACUGCGUUUGCAGAGAAGGCUACUAUUUUCACGGGCGCUUCCGCAUGAAAUUGGUGGACUUAAAAAUGGAGCAAGCCAUCAUUGAACAUAUUAACAAAGCGAAAGAGAAUAAAAUUUUAUCUCUACCAAGUGGGCAAAACAAAGUGCAGAAUCUUUUUUUUCAAGUGAAGUCAGCUGGAAGGAGGCAAAAAUUUGCCAAAAUGGUGCAAGCAUUUUUAGGGGAAAGUCCGCAGGGGACGACAGGAAAAAAGGGACCUCACGGGGGUGACAACACACGUGCAAUUAAAGAGAACGAAUUGGUGUCCACAGUCAAGGAGAGAAGCUUCACCCAAAUGGGAGAUACCCCGGUACAUGUUUCGCAUGCCCCGCAUGCAGUGCAGAAACAUUACAAUGCACUCUCCAGUUUAGAUUUUCUUUCCAACAAAUUUGAUGACAGCGUGGACGGUUUUCCCUACGGAACGUGCAUUAAAUGUCCCGAUAAAAUGUUUUGUCCAGGCUUCUGGUUUAAAAAUUUCGAAAAGGAACUUCAUCACCCUCCCAUAUUUUGCCCCAAGGGAUCAAUCGUACCUAAGACGACCUUAGAAUCAACGGACGUGCACAAGUGCAUAUGCGGGAAAGGGUACAGCAUAAAUGUGCAAAGCAGGCACCACAGCAGAGGAGGCAGCGACGGAAGCAACGGAAGAAGCGACAGCGGUGGUAGCGGCGAAAUGUGCGUGAAGUGUGAAGAGAGGUACUACAAAGACGUUGUGGAUAAUUCACCGUGCGCUGGCCUAUGCAUGGAAUUUUCCACCUCCUUCCCAGGAUCUAUCAGCAAAAAACAGUGCUUUUGUGACAGGGGGAAAUAUAUGAUACAUGAGUCGUCCCACGAAAUGAAAUGUGUGAAUUGUUCCAAAGGGGCCCUAUGCAUUGGGGGCUUGAAAUACAAGUCGCUAAAGAAUUUAAUCCAGGACUCGAGCUACACCGACAUAGAGAUUAACGACCAUGUUAUUCCAUUCCCUCAGAAGGGGUACUUCGCCACCUUUGAAAUAAAACAUGAAGAUUUCGCGUGGUCUCCGCUGAACUCCCUAAACCUGCAGAUAAAUAAUUACGAAAAGGGUGAUAUCAUAAUUAAGAACAAAAUUGCCAAGCAACUAUUUGGCCGAAGGGUAAGCCAUCUUACUGUAGAGAGGAAUCACCAGAAUAAUCAUCCAAAAAACCACAAAAUGGAGGUAAACCCAGGAAAAGAAAUACCACUUGGUUAUCCCACCAAUAAAGAAAGUAUCUCACUAGUCGAAGCAGGAAUAACGCACAUCCUAGUUAACGAAAAAUUGGAGAAGCUAAAAUACAAAAAUGAGGAUUUAACUGUCGAGAGAAUUCCAGACUUUCAUUUGUGUCCAAUUAGUAAAAGGUGCGUAGGGGGGGUGGACAAUUUAUGCGCCCACGGAUCGGAAGGAUACUUAUGCAACAACUGCUCAAAGAACUAUGACAUGAUUUAUUUCAGAUCCCAAUGCUUUAAAUGCAAAAAGACAAAAACGGAAUUGAUGGAUUUAUUGGCUAGGAAAAUAUUUUUCUAUAUGAUAGUAUUCUUUUUAAUAUAUUUAAAUUACUUCUGCUAUGUAAAAAGGAACUUUGUCUUUAUGGGAAUAUUUAAAAUAUGGUAUUUUUUCAUCAUCUGUUUUCUGCCCUACAUUCACGUUGUAGAGUCCAACCAUAACACGCUGCCAAGCCAUUUGUUCUACUUCCAGUCCUUUAUCACCCUCCCUAUGAGGUUUCUGACUCAUUAUUUGAAGCUGAACUGUUUCGUCAGCUCCUAUAGCAACCAGCAGUAUAUACACAUAUGGUAUAUCCAGAGGUACAUAAAAAUCGCGGAGCCCAUGAUUGACUGUGCUGUGUUGACUACCCUCUUUUUAAUUAUCUACCUGGUGUACAAUCGGCUGAAGGGGAAGCAAAUUAGCACAGUAGAAACGGUCAUUGCCAAGCAGAUUAACAAAGUACACUCUAAGGGGUACUACCAGCACCGCUCUGACUUCUACUACCACUACUACCAAAAACAUGUUAUUGACACGAUUAAUAAUAAAAAGGGGAGGGAAUAUUUGUGGUCGAAGAAGUGGAAGAAUGUUUCCUUCGAUCAUGAGCAUUCGUCCUGUGAGGAAGCGGCAAAGGGGCGGGAAAAGGCGAAAAGAACAAAAAAGCCCCAACGGGAUAGCAACACAUUGGGUGGUAAAAGCACACACUGCGGUAGCGACGCCGACUUAUCCACCUCCGACGACUCGCUACGCGGCAGCAAAAUGGCGAAGAAAGAACUAUCUUCUAGCAACGAAAAUCUGUACAAUUUUGAUGAAACGUUCUUGCCUAAGGAUGCAUCAAAUUAUGGUGUGAAGGAAGAAAACAUAACAAAGGAUAAAUACUGGACGUACAUGUGCGCGCUUAAUAUCUACAAUAUCAAAGCCUUUGGAUUAUUCCGUUACAUACAUCCGUCUAGCAUCAGCACGUUCAGUAGAAUAAAACGAAUUCUCUCCGAUUUGAAAGUCAUCUACAUCAUCGUCUUGUAUAUAUACUUCCCAUUUACUCUUAUUAGCUUGUUAGAGCUGGUGUGGUGCCAGCCAGUAAAGUACAAGAAUAAAGUCCCCAUGCUAAUUCUGUAUCACAUGCCUUCCCAAGUUUGCAACUGGAGGAAUAAAUUAUUUGCAACAGGAGUGAUGUUUUCUUCCGUCUUCUUCCUCAUCUAUUUACUCUUCUUUAUCUUUUCUUUCUAUGGCACUUUGAAGAAUUUUAAAAUAUGUGGCUCGUAUGCAAAGCGAGUGCGCAGUUACUUUCUCUUCAAUGGGUACAACUACCAGAAUCGGUGUUGGGACCUCUUCCAUGUCGCCAAAGUUAUUUUCGUGGCAAUUUCCUUCACUUGUCAGUUGUACACCAAGAGAAGUGAUAACGCUAAAUAUUUUAUCUGCUGCUGCAUCGUGUUUAUCCUAAUCACAGAAGUUACUCUCAUUUUGAUGUAUUCCCCUUACGACAAAAGGUCGAACAACAUUUUGCGCAAGUUAAGUUUGUUGUCCACCUUUUCCAUAUUGAUAACUUAUUUAAGUGUCCAGUUCAGCUUUUUCUUUAAUUUUCCCAUCAUGAACGCUUUGCCGUUCCUUUUAUUUGUCUACUUUCAUCUCUACAUGGGUAACAAAAUUCUACUCGAAUUUGCCAUUUACAAGAAUAUUUUUAAGAGGAAGGAAGAGAACGAGGAUCAGCAAGACGUAGGGCGAGAAGCAGAGGGGUUGCUGAACGAGCAAUCCUUCUUUAAUUUUGCAAAACAGAAGAGUAACCAGAAUGGGGUCCACCUGGACGUCCAUGCAGAUGAUAGGAACGCAAGUGGGGCACACAACUGUUCCAACAAAGGGGGAGAGAAGAAGGAAAAAAAAACUUCUUUCCAUUUCCCUUUCUCUUUUCCUUUUCCCUACCCAUCCGCGUUGCACAUCUGCAACCUGUAUGACUUCCUCCUACGCGUGAAUAACAUCCCGUCUUAUUCCAUCCUUUUCAACGAAAAGGGGGAGGAAAUUUUCAUAUUUGAAAAGGGGUCCACCAAAUGUAAGUACGAAGAAAUAGUAAAAAAUGUAAAAAUGAACACCACGGAGAGGUCUCAAACGGGAGUAAUAAGCCUAGAUUUGCUACACUCAGAUUUGCUUUACUACAGCAUUAGUGACUCUUCCAGACAGCCUCUCUCCAAUAUGAACUAUGUAGACCUGAACAAACAGAGCACGAAUUGGUCUCAACUUAUGGGUGAAAGCAAAUUAUCCAACAAUUAUGAGCAAAUUUUUCUGAGAGAAAAGAAGUACCCCAAGGAAAAAGAAAACUACCUACAUGGCGACGUAGAUAGAGAAAAUUCAAGAGGGGCCAUCGCUCCAAUUAAUAUAACUCAUUUUAUCAAUUGCCUAAUUGAAGCCAUCAACAUUCUGUUCGUUAAUCAGUCGUACAACCAGAUAAGUGUAGAAUGGAUUAGCUUUGUUACGAGAUUUUCUAUCUGCUUCAUACACUGGAUGAAGAACUACGACGAAAAGUUAGUCAACCUCGUGCCGAUCAAUAAGAAGCAAUUCGAAAUGAAAAAAAGAAAUCUCUUAUUCUAUUCCCUAUUUAGUUCCUACGAAGAAGUUUAUUCUUUGCAGUCUAUCAUUGGAGACAAGAACAAAUUUGAGGAAUGCAAAAAGAAUUUCGUACAAGCGGAAAACCUAGAACAAUUUUACCUCUACCUGAAUGAAGCAAAGAGAAAGAAGCCUGGGGCAAAACGCGCUUAUAGCCAAAGUGAUGAUGAAGAAAAAUCCGAUUGUUACACUUCUCUGAAUUUUCUAGAUGAUGAAUUUUACCGAUGUGAACAAGAUAUCAUUAAAUUACUUUUUGAUGAAAAUAUUUUUAAAAACUUGUCCAUCUCCAUCGUGGAAUUUUUCUUCUCAAUUUAUAUGAUUCAAUUUAUCGAAAGUAAGCGUCUCUCUAUUUUAAUUUUCCUCUUCUGCGAGAAGAAAAACUAUUUAAGUAGGGAAAAGCAAUUUUUAAAAAUAAUCCAAGCCAGAAAAAAGGAUAUCCAACUUAUUAUGUACUCGCAGAACAACAAGGAGAUUUACGAUUUCGUGGAAAACAACUAUCUGAAUGAGUACAAUCGGGAUUUAAAAAAGAAAAUCAAAAAUCUACAAAACUUAAUCAGAAAGAAGGAGAAGUCCUCCCUCAAACGAGAAAAGGUGAAAAGCGUCACCCGUGUGCAGGGAAAUAGGGCGAUGAAAAUGAGCAACGCGAACGCGUACUUCGUCCAAACAUUGAAGAAACUCCUCGACGAUUCGUCCGCCACCACGCGACGACACACGGGGAGCGCAAGAAGAAAACCGCACGAGAGGACGCCCCAGUAA